AUGAAGAACAUCCAAAAUGAAGAAUACUACCUCGGUGAUGAUCCUGAUGAAGAUUCUCGUGAUGGGGAAGGAGAGAAGAUGAAUACUGAUUUUAGCAAAUUGGAGUUGAAGCCAGAUCAUGCCAACAGACCCUUGUGGGCUUGUGCUGACGGAAGGAUCUUCCUGGAAACUUUCUCUCCUCUCUACAAGCAGGCUUAUGACUUCCUUAUCGCCAUUGCUGAGCCUGUUUGCAGGCCAGAGUCGAUGCACGAAUAUAAUUUAACGCCUCACUCUCUGUAUGCUGCUGUUUCCGUUGGUCUGGAGACGGAAACGAUCAUAUCCGUUUUGAAUAAGCUGUCUAAGACUAAGCUGCCCAAGGAUAUGAUUGAUUUCAUCAAUGCUUCUACUGCUAAUUAUGGGAAAGUGAAGCUGGUUUUGAAAAAGAAUCGCUAUUUUAUCGAGUCCCCUUUCCCUGAGGUGCUGAAAAAGCUUGGCAAUGAUGUUGUUAUAAGCAAAGCAAGAUUUUAUUCUGACCCAUACGGCGGUGAUGGAUUCACAGUUGGCAAAACAAGUGGUGAACUUGAAGCAGGACCUGGGGAGCUGUUGAAUGCGGCAGAGUUGGCAGCAGCUGCAGAAGAGAAAGAAACUCACUCAUUUGAGAUAGACCCUGCACUGGUGGAGACUGUAAAGCAGCGUUGCUUGCCAAGUGAAUUGAAUUACCCUAUGUUAGAGGAAUAUGACUUCAGGAACGACAACGUUAAUCCUGAUCUUGACAUGGAACUGAAGCCCCAUGCUCAGCCGAGGCCGUACCAGGAAAAAAGUUUGAGCAAAAUGUUUGGGAACGGACGAGCAAGAUCUGGGAUUAUAGUGUUGCCUUGUGGUGCUGGUAAAUCUUUAGUUGGUGUUUCUGCAGCAGCUCGUAUUAAAAAGAGUUGUCUUUGUUUGGCUACGAAUGCUGUCUCGGUGGAUCAGUGGGCCUUCCAGUUCAAGCUGUGGUCUACUAUAAGAGAUGACCAGAUAUGCCGUUUCACUUCUGAUAGUAAAGAACGGUUCCGUGGAAAUGCUGGUGUUGUUGUUACAACUUAUAAUAUGGUUGCCUUUGGUGGUAAACGUUCUGAGGAAUCAGAGAAGAUCAUAGAAGAAAUGAGGAACAGAGAGUGGGGGUUAUUGCUCAUGGACGAGGUGCAUGUGGUUCCGGCCCAAAUGUUUAGGAAAGUCAUCAGUAUCACAAAAUCUCACUGCAAGCUAGGACUUACAGCCACCCUUGUGAGAGAAGACGAAAAGAUUACAGAUUUGAACUUCCUCAUUGGUCCGAAACUGUAUGAAGCCAAUUGGCUAGAUUUAGUAAAAGGAGGCUUUAUUGCAAAUGUUCAGUGUGCUGAAGUAUGGUGUCCUAUGACCAAAGAGUUUUUCGCAGAAUAUCUGAAGAAAGAGAACUCCAAGAAAAAACAGGCACUUUAUGUCAUGAACCCCAACAAGUUCAGAGCCUGUGAGUUUCUUAUACGUUUCCAUGAACAACAACGUGGAGACAAAAUCAUUGUCUUCGCAGACAAUCUUUUUGCACUUACAGAGUAUGCAAUGAAACUCCGAAAACCGAUGAUUUAUGGUGCAACCAGCCAUAUCGAACGAACCAAAAUUCUAGAGGCGUUUAAAACCAGUAAAGACGUGAACACCGUCUUCUUGUCAAAAGUUGGUGAUAACUCCAUAGAUAUUCCUGAAGCUAAUGUUAUCAUCCAGAUUUCGUCACAUGCUGGUUCUAGACGUCAAGAGGCUCAGCGUCUGGGUCGUAUUCUUAGGGCCAAGGGUAAAAUCGAAGAUAGAAUGGCUGGUGGAAAAGAAGAGUACAAUGCAUUCUUCUACUCUCUUGUUUCUACAGAUACGCAGGAAAUGUAUUAUUCAACGAAAAGACAGCAGUUCUUGAUAGACCAAGGUUACAGCUUCAAAGUUAUAACGAGUCUUCCACCUGCUGAUGCUGGUUCGAGCUUAAGCUACCACAGUCAAGAAGAACAGUUAUCUCUUCUCGCCAAGGUGUUGAAUGCUGGAGACGACUUGGUUGGUUUAGAGCAACUGGAAGAAGACACAGACGGAAUGGCCUUGCAAGCGGCAAGACGGAGGAAGGGACUGAUGAGUGAAAUGUCGGGUGCAAAAGGAUUCGUGUACCAGGAAUUCAACUCUGGCCGUCACAAAUCUUCUGGUCAACAAUCCAGGAAGCCUAAAGACCCUACAAAACGACACCAACUCUUCAAGAAACGUUUCGUGUAACACACACACACACACACAAGGUAAACCAAAAAAGGUUUCAGAGCUCUCUUGUUCGCUGGCGUUUGGUUUGUUUUUGAGUUGUAAUAUGCAAUUGUAACUUUGGGGAGAAUUUCUCUUCAGAACUUACUCGGUACUUAAUAAUACUAUAUGCAAUGAAUUUCUCUCCAACAAGCAUUUUCAUUUUAAAUAGGGUUCACUUUUAAAAUAAAGAGAUGGAAG